AGGGAUCGGUUGAAAUACUAAACUCUUGUCAAAAAACACCAGAAGAAGAACAAGCUGGCCCACUUAAGGGCGCCAAACUCUAAAAAUAUGUAAAUCUUUAUAUUUCAUAUCUAUACUCGUUAGGUAUUGAAAACAUACACUGUUUAUGUUUAACGUUCGCUUUUUACCUUCUGAUUGAGAGCUUGACCAUCUCUGUGGCUGCUGACGAUUCAGAAACAUGCCUCUGUCAACUCAGUCCCAAGCAGACAUUGACCAGUACAUUCUGAUCGCCAGUCUGGAUAACGCAAGGAAUCUGUCCAACAUCCUGAAAGCCAUCUCUUUACGGGACCAUGCUAUCUUCAAUGCAACACAGAAUGGCUUAAAAGUCACUGUUGAGGACUCCAAAUGCCUUCAAGCCAAUGCAUUCAUUCAGGCUGACAUCUUUCAAGAGUACAUAAUCAAAGAGGAUGCAGUUGGGUUUCAGGUUAAUUUAACUGUUCUUCUGGACUGCCUCACCAUCUUUGGGGGAAGCACAGUCCCAGGUGUGUGCACCGCCUUGAGAAUGUGCUACAAUGGCUAUGGAUAUCCGCUGACUUUAUUCCUGGAGGAAGGUGGUGUGGUCACCGUAUGCAAGAUUAAUACACAGGAGCCGGAGGAGCCCAUAGACUUUGACUUUUGCAGCACAAAUGUAACCAACAAGGUGAUUCUGCAGUCAGACAGUCUUAAAGAGGCUUUCUCUGAGCUUGACAUGACCAGUGAGGUUCUGCAGAUUACUAUGUCACCAAGUCAUCCUUACUUCAGAUUAUCCACAUUUGGGAAUUCUGGAAACGCUCAUUACGAUUAUCCCAAAGACUCAGACAUGAUGGAGCUGUUCCAGUGUACUAAAAUACAGACCAACAGGUAUAAGAUGUCCCUGUUGAAACCCUCUACAAAGGCCUUGGCUCUGUCCUGUAAAGUCUCGGUGAGAACUGACAGUCGAGGCUUCCUCUCUCUACAGUACCUUGUGAGGAACGAUGACGGUCAGAUUUGUUUCGUGGAAUAUUAUUGCUGUCCGGAUGAAGAAGUGGAAGAAGAAUAGAUUGGAAAGAGCAACUGUUUUUGUCUCGUUUGACAUUUAGUGUGCACCGACCUGAUGGUUCCUUAAUCUGUUUCUGAUUUAAAUUUAUAUGAAUAUUUCAUGAACAACAAAUAUUUGAAGAGUUGAGAUGCAACAGCCUCAAAGUGCCAUCUAAAAAAUGUUCUUCUAAAACUAUCAUUUUUAUCAGGCUCUUAUAUUUAGGUUCAGUCGUUUUACUUUAAUGCCAAUGUAUGGGUCCCUUUCUAUGCCAUUAAAAUGAAAUAACUAUAAAUAAAUAGAGGAGCCUGAUAAAAAUGCUAAUUUUAGAUGAAAAUUACAGAUGACAAUUACUCCGUUGCAUCUGAAGUCUUAAUUUGUAGAGUUUAUUACAAGUUUAUAAUAGUAAAAAAACUGGGGUUUGUAUUGAAUUUGAGACAGUAUUCUGUGUGACCUGCAGGGGGCGGCAGAGAAAUGCUAUUUAGGCGACUGCAUGUAAUAUUAUUAAGAGCCCGAUGUUGGUUUAAGUUUAAUAUGUUAAAGAUGCACAGGUUAGUUCAAGCCGUUAUGCAGUUUUAUUUAAUAUGCGACUAAAAGAUUAUAUAUAUAUAUAUAUAU